GGUUCGUGGUUUUCUACUUUCUCUUUCGCUUUAGCUUGGAAUUCUGUGACUUCGUUCUGACGGGAGGAGACGGACGGCUGGGUCUGGUCAUAGGCACGGAACCAGACAACAUGGCUGCGGCGGCUUCUCAGAUUGCGGGAAACAGCUAUGAAUCUCAGUCUGGGUUGUACAUAGUCACCUACGUUGGCGAUGUUACAAAGGCAUAUGCAGAUGGCAUCGUUGUCAGCGAAGGGCCACGUUUUACAGACAUGGGAUACGUUACAGCAACUCUUCUUAGAAUGUACUCAGAAUUUGACUUGAAUCGCAACAAUUUAAUAAUUAAAGAAAGAGGUCAUUUCCAACCAUGGACGGCGUACACGACGGGGGAUUGCGGGAAGUUCAAGUCAGUGAUUCAUGCCAUUGUCCUACCCCGAGGAAAAAAACAAACUAUUGACGAGUGGAAGGUGAAGAUGAUCUGGUUAUACAAGAAAAUACUCUCUAAAGCUGAGGACAAAGGUGUCCCUAUCCUGGCGGUACCUUUACUUGGCUCUGGUAAAGGCAACGUGAACCCAGCAGAGGCUGUUCAGGUGGCAGUCCAAGCUAUGUUUUCUUAUAAGAAAACAUCUCUCGUCAAGGUGUUGCUCGUGUCACACCGGGAAGACAUCGUAGACAUGUUGGCAGCUCAGUGCGCCUACAUGUGCAAUAAGAAAGGUGGAAAGGCUCUUGAGCCACCACAUUCACACUCAAAUACAGGAAGAAAGAAUGGAUCGUCGAAUCCUCGAUCUCUGCCCAAACCUAAGCUUAAUGCAGACACUGAUAGCAAUAAUUCAUGCCGUGCGAAACAGGUGGUUGGCAGAUCAGAUCACAGCAAGGGCAUCGUUGAUUGUGGUGUCCAUCAGCGUGGAUUGGUACUCCGUAGUGGACGGGAAUUACCACCAGGACAACAAACUGACGAUUUCAGUGGCGGGGCCAAACCAAAGGUCUCAAACAAGGCAAAGCAUAAUGGUCAGGAUGACGAUGAUGAUGACAAUUACGACGACGUCGGUGGCGGUGGCAGUGACGACGAGGUGAAACAAAAGAGACCCGUUCCUGCAGGAUGUAGUUAUGAAGAAGAUGACCACGCUGAUGAUUGUGGCGGAGGUGAUGCUGCUGCUGCUGCUGAUGAUGAUGAUCAGGUGCCAAGUGAAUAUAGAAAGAGACAUCAAUGUAAAGAGAAAAGGGCAACAGACAGGGCAUCAGAUCGAACUGGAACACAUUCGAAAGGUAAUGAAAGUAGGUCUGGGAAGUACACCAACACAGACCAUGACGACCUUACCCUGUCAAUGGCAAAGUUAAGUAUCUCCCACACGAAUGAAAAGGUGACUAAGAACAAACCAACACCUCAGUAUUGUAUCAUUUGCCUUGAAGGAAUAUCAAACCCAAAGACCUUGCAGAGAUGUGGACACGUGUUCUGCACAGACUGUAUCAACAGACUUUUUGCCCGUUACAAACCGGUGUGCCCCAGUUGUAACAUGGUUUAUGGCGUCCUGACAGGGAACCAGCCGGAGGGUAUCAUGGAUGUGGCCUUCAGUGGGGAGCACCUACCUGGCUAUGAGACCUGUGGCACCACUACCACUUCCAUAAUGGGACACAACGGGCUGAUCAUCCGAACCCUGGAGAUUUCUACAAGGGCACCACACGUGUAGCCUAUUUACCAGAUUGCGGAGAAGGUAGAGACGUUCUCCGUCUCCUGAGGAAGGCGUUUGACAGGAAGUUAACAUUUACCGUCGGUCGUUAUACAACUACCGGUCGUGAAAAUGUCGUAACGCGGAACGACAUCCACCAUAAGACGAGUA